AUGGCAGCAGCUCUUGAAAGUCAUCCCGGAGGAGGAGGGAUGAUAUUUGCCCCCAUUGGCAUUGAUGGAGAUGAUGAAGAGUCUGAGGACUCCUCUGCAGUUCUCCUCAGUGUGUUAGCUCAGCACGGACAGGUGGGGCUCUGUUUCUAUGACAGUGCAGACUCCUCUUUACACUAUAUGGUGGACACUCCUGAUGACUCUGAGCUCCACCUGCUGGCCAGAGUCAUUCAAGAAGUGAAUCCCCAUGUUAUCAUCACAAGUGCGAAGCAGGAGCGCUGCAUGACUCGUUAUCUGCAGCAACUGGGUUUAAAUCCCGACUACAAACCAGAAGUGGUCAUUUAUCCAUAUGCUGACUUUGGUCUGGAGGUUGGUAACAGACUUCUCUCUGCCCAUGUGCCUCUCCUGCCUUCCGGCAUGUCUGAGAGGGACAAGAUGUCCUACCUCUCCUCCUGCAUCUCCUUUGACUCGCCCCUUAUGCUGAGGGCAGUGGGCGCUCUGCUAAAAUGUCUGGACAGGAGGCGAGUGGGAGUAGAGCUGGAAGACAGUGUUGGAGUUCCGAUCCUGCAGUUCCACGCCUACACACUUAAAGGUGUGGUGUGCGUCGAUCGAGACACAUACAGUGUGCUGCAGAUCUUCAAGUCGGAGCUCCACCCUUCAGUGUACAAGCUGCAUUCAGGUGAAAAGGAAGGACUAAGUCUUUAUGGGAUAAUGAACCGUUGUAGAUGCAAAUUUGGCUCCAGACUGCUACGUCAGUGGUUUCUGCGGCCCACACAGGACUUGGAAGUGUUACACAGGAGACAGAUUAUACGUUUCUUUACGUCGCCUCGAAAUUCGGACGUCCUGAACAUCCUGCAGUCUUCAUUACGCAACAUCAGAAACAUACCGACUCUUCUGCAGCGUAUGUCUGUCUCAAACACCAAAGUGACGGACUGGCAAAGUCUUUACAAGACUGUGUGCAGUGCGGUGUGCAUCAGGGACGCUGUGCGACGUCUGCCACAGUCCAUCCAGCUGUUUCGCGACAUCAGCGACGGCUUCUCUGACGACCUCCACCACGUCGCCUCCCUCAUCAGACAAGUCGUGGAUUUUGAAAGCAGCCUGACGGAGAACCGCUUCAUCAUCAACCCGAACGUGGAUCCCGCCAUUGAUGAGAAGAAGAGGAGAAUGAUGGGGCUCUCAGACUUCCUGACAGAUGUUGCCAGAAGAGAGCUUGAACAUCUGGACGCUCGAAUACCAUCCUGCUGUGUUAUUUACAUCCCACUGAUUGGAUUUCUCCUCUCUGUGCCUCGGCUUCCCAAUAUGGUGGAGAAAGAGGAUUUUCAGAUCGAGGGCCUUGAUUUCAUGUUUUUGUCAGAGGACCGGUUGCACUACCGCAGCCAGAGAACCAGGGAGCUGGACGACCUCCUGGGAGACUUGCACUGUGAUAUCAGAGACAUGGAGACGGCAGUAAUGACGCAGUUGCAAAACGCGGUCCUUGAGAGGAGCGUCUCUCUUUAUAAGGUUCUGGAUCUCACUGCUGAGCUGGACUGUCUGAUGGCCAUGAGCAGCGCCUCCCUGGAGUACAGUUACACGUCACCCAAGCUCGGCAACCACAGGGAGAUCACAAUCACACAGGGCAGACAUCCGCUGUUAGAGCUGUGCUGUCCAGUGUUUGUGCCCAAUUCUUUCCAGAGCGCCGAGUCAGAAAGUCGAGUAAAGAUCAUUACUGGCCCCAAUUCAUCUGGCAAGAGCAUAUACCUUAAACAGGUGGGCCUGAUUGUCUUCAUGGCUCUGAUUGGCUCAGACGUGCCAGCGAAGGAUGCAGAGAUCGGUUUGGUCGACGGUAUCUUCACCAUGCAGAGCAGGGAGUCUGUGUCUGUGGGCAUCAGCACCUUCAUGAUCGACCUCAACCAGAUGGCGCAGGCGCUCAACAGCAGCUCUGGAAAGUCAUUAGUCCUCAUUGAUGAAUUUGGAAAAGGAACCAACACAGUGGACGGAUUGUCCUUGCUGGCUGCCUCCAUCUCCUUUUGGCUGAGGAAGGCUCUUGUGGAUUGUCCUCACGUGCUGCUGGCCACCAACUUCCACAGUGUGCUGCAGCUGGGCCUGCUGCCGUCCUCCAGCCUUCUGUCUCUCCUGACCCUGGAGACAGCAGUGGACGGAGAUGAGUUAGUGUUUCUCUACCAGCUGAAGGAGGGGAUCUGCCAGUCCAGCUACGCUGCCAACAUUGCUACUUUGGCCGGCUUGCCAAGUUGCCUUGUGCGGAGAUGUGUCCAGGUGUCCGAGCUGUACAGAACCGGCAGGCCCAUCAAACGCAGCGAGACAGCAGCUUCCUCUGACGAGCAGACGAAGAGUCCGUGCCAGUCAGUGGUGGACAAGUUCCUGAGCCUUGACCUGGAGGACAAAGAUUUGGACCUGCAGGGUUUCAUGAAAGAUGAGCUCCUGCCCUCUUCUGGAGACCUGUCGAAUAGCAGCUAA